AUUAGCGGUUCUGAAAUUGAGUGGUAACAUUCUUCUGAAUACUCCUCCUAGUUCUGCAUUAUUACCGAGUCUCAAGAUUAUGAAACUUGUAUCUGUUAGCUAUGCAAACCGCGACUCUCUCUCCACACUCCUCGCUGCCUGCCCGUUCCUUCGAGAUUUGACCAUCAAUCUGUCUACUGCUCGUGUACGAAACUUAACGGACAGGAAUCCCGGCACGUACAGUGUCGAUGCCAUUAUACUUAUACCUACGCUCAAAAGAUUACAUUUUCAUUGCCCUAUUAUAUGUUGGCGCUCCAGAGUCCACAUAAACACCCCAGCUCUCGAGUACUUCCAUUUCGCCGGUGUUUUGAGCGAGGACCUUGUGUUGGAAAAACUCCCCAAUGUGGUUGAAUCUGUCGUUGAGGUCGUGCAAUGGCGACGGGAUGUACAUUAUGGAAACAAAGUAUGGGACUUCAUGGGACAAUUCUGUAAUGUUAUAUCCAUGGAAUUGACCACAAAAACCGCAGAGAUCCUUUCCCAUGCUUCUAAUCGUGAUAAUAUUCCCAUGUUUCAUAAUUUGUCUUCCUUGAGUUUUUCUGUUUUUGUUUUUUUCGAGUGGCAUGCAAUACAACUCUUGCUUCAUCGGGCUCCAAAGCUACAAAUACUUGUCGUCAAACCGCUUCAAAAUUAUGUGCAAUAUGGUAUCAGAACUGAUGAUUACUUGAAGGAGCCACUCACUGUUCCUGAAUGCCUGUCGUCACACCUUACAACCUUUCAUUAUAACCAAUUUUCAGGAAAUGAGUAUGAGAUGGAAUUUGUUAGACAGCUCCUAAUGGCGGUAGGAGUGUUAGAGACUAUGAGAAUCACUUUUAAAAGUACUCUAGAUUCAGAGUUGAAGCUUCAAGUUCACGAGAAAUUAAGCGAGUACCAAAGGAGCUCUCAGUCUUGUCAAAUUGCAUUUGACUAAGGAUAUUUCUAUUUGCAGUCUCUCUCUCUCUCUCUCUCUCUCAACUUGUGUUUUCUUUUGAAAAAAAAAAUGCAUAGAAUAUAUAAUGUGGAUAUCUCAUUUAGCUUAUAAUUCUGAACUUUGUUGAUGUUGGAGUGAGUCCAACUGUAAUGGUGGGAACUCAAUUUGGCUUUGAGGGUUAUUGACAGUGGUAGAGCAGGAUUCUCUUUUGUUAAGAUUUCAAUCUAUAUUUAUCUAGUUGUUUUUUAGUUUGA